CUACCUGCAGUGUGUGUGUGUAUGUGUAUUCUAGCAGACGAUCAUGGUCGGCCUUUUGGUGCGCGCCGGCCCGAAGCCAAUCGUCGAGCCAUUCGAAGCUGUCUUCUGCCCUUCCAUCUCGGACAAGUUGACUGCCUGCGGCCGCCGCCGACAAAUGGGCGGCGGCGGCUGGGCCGACAUGGAGGCGGCCGAGCGGAGGACGGUGGGCUCCGAACUGCGGCCGCCGUCCUCAAGACUAUCUGGCGCUGAACACAGGGCGAGGGCACCAUCAAUCAGUCACCUGCAACGGAGUCAGAGUCUGAUACCGCAGAGGAGGCCGUCCAGAACUGCACGGGAACGGAUUGUCACGAACUGCCUGCUGUACCAGAACGUGGGGGAGCUCCAGCAUAUGAUCAAGCAGUCCGCGAAAGAAAGACUGCAACUGGAACGUCAAGUGGCUCACCUGCACCAAGCCAUUCGAUUGCAGAAGGAAAGAAUCGAGCACGAGUAUCGACUUCGGCUUCGAGAUGUGGAGGAUCGCCUUAAGGAGCAGGAAUCCCAGCUAACCCAGCUGCAGAAGGACCUGGAUGACCGCUGCGAAAUUAGCGCCGACCUGGAGCGGCAACUGCUUGAAGCCCUGGAGCAGAAGAUCGAGGUCGAGGCCCAGAACGCAACCCUCGAGGAGGAAGUCACCAGGCUACGGACGGCGGAGACGGAGCUGCGCGUGCGCUCGGCUGAGCUGGAGGCCGCCCGGGGCGAGGCGUCCGCCCUGGAGGCCCUGGUGGGCCACCUGCGACAGGCGGCCGACCAGCGCCGCCUGCUCGAGAGGCAGCACGCGCAGGCGCUGCAAGAGGUGCGCGCCGCCAAGGCUGCGGCAGCGGCCGCCAAGGGAUCCGCCGAGGCAGCCCACCUGCUCACCAUACAGACGCUCGAGUCCAGGGUGCGCGAGCUUCAGAAGAAAUGCGAGCUCCAGAACGUGCUGCACGAGGAGCUGGUGCUGGAGAUGGCCGCUCUCCGGCGACAGCAGAUGCAGCAGCAGCGGACACGGUCGGCCAGGGAGUCCUGGAGGGCCGGUCGCUCGCUGUCUGCAGAGGUGGUGCCUUCGGACCGUGGGCGACCGCACGAGCCUGCAGAUUUCCGACCACCUCCUGCUGGAGGCCGAGCGCUCGUCCAGCUCGAGUCCAAGGGGCGGGAGCAGCGGCGGCGCGAGGUCGGCCUCUCCCCUGAUGGACGCCAUCACCACCGUGACCACCACACCUCGUCGUCGUCGCGCCCUUUCCUGGACAUGGCCCGAUCGGCCGGCACCGACGCGCUAUCGCAGCUGGCCGCGGCGGCCGCGGCAUCGGCAUCGGGAGGAGCGGCCGGUACUCCUUCCUUAACCUGCUCCUCAGUUCUGACGGUUUAUUUCCAACGUGACCCUCGGCGCAUCACGUUUUCGGAGUGCAAGCAGAGCGCGGAGUUGUCGGUGACUCGCGCGUCGCCUGCGACCACUUCGACCACGAGGGAAGUGGACCGAAUCUUGGCGAGAAUCCAGCAGGACAACCGGGUUCUCGCCGAACUCGAGAAAUCCAGGGCGACCAUCGGCUCACCGGUAUCCGUGGCCAACCUGGAGCGGCUUCGGCAAAACAUCGAAGCCGGAGAAGCCGCCAGCUACGGCAUGACGACCACGGGCGCGGAUUCUCUUUCAGCCUCGGUCGCUGCUCUCCUUCUCCAAUCGCAGCUCAAAUCGUCAUUUUCAUCGCCAGCCAUAGAUCAGCUUUCCAUAGAACCUCAUCGGACAAGCCAACUCUGCUCUCAGCUCAGGCCAAGGGCCCUGCAAAGGUCGACGGUGACGAUGCAGGAGCUGGACGGCCUCAUGGCCAAGUUGGAACAGGACAACCGCAUCCUGGCAGAGCUGGACAAGAAGCGCUCCUGCCUUGGAUCGUCGUGUGGCCUGCUUCCGUCUCGGCUCUGCGGGCCAUCCACGUCGGCGGCGCUGAGCACGUCCCUGAGCAGCACCCUGAGCCUGAGUGGCGGCGGCACCGCGGUCACCUCGCUGGCCCCCGUGGCGGCGUCGCGCAGCAGCCUGGCGCACCGCAACGCCAGCUUGACGCUGCCGUCGCUGCCGCCCAACGGCAUCGUCCACUCGGCGGCCGUCUCCACGGCCAUCCAGCAGCAGCAGCAGCAACUGCAGCAACAGCAGCUUCAGCUACAGCAUCUACUGCAGCAGCAGCAGAGCCAGCCGCCCGUCACACCGACGCCACGGCUUCACAUCGACGCGCAGACGGCACAAGCGCUGGCCGUGGCCUCGAGCCAGCAGCACAACCAGCAGCCGUUGGCCACGCCACCGCAGCAGCAGCUCUCGGCCCAGCAUCAGCAUCAGCAGCAGGUCGAGGAAGACCCCCUGGGCGUGGACUCGGUCGAGUUCCUCGACCUUCCGGGCCGGGGCCGCUGUCGCGUCUACGUGGCCCGAUACAGCUACGACCCGCUCAAGCAGUCGCCCAACGAGCACCCCGAGGCCGAACUGUUCCUCUCCGCCGGCGAUUACAUACUCAUCUUCGGAGAGAUGGACGAGGAUGGAUUCUUCAACGGAGAACUCCUCGAUGGCCGCAAGGGACUGGUGCCUUCCAACUUUGUCGAAAAGCUCACGGGCGAGGACCUGCUUGAGUUCCAGACGUCCAUCCUGUACGGCAACCGCGACUCGGACGACAGCAGCGCUAGCGUCAGCUACGCGCCAGACUUGGACAACCUGGCGGGAUCGGAUGAGCAGCACAGGCUGCCCCCAGAGGACUUCCAUCGAAUGAAUGACUACAUCGAUUUGGAAGAUAUCGAAGAAGUGGACGAAGACGCGCUUUCCGAGACCGAACGAGAAAACGACGGCACUGGUGGCGCAGCGGGCUUUCCGGUGCCCCCUCCGCAGCGGCUGGUGCUGGAGCGUCAGCUGAACAAGAGCGUGCUCAUCGGCUGGCUUCCCCCCGACGUGGUGCUGGGCUCCCUGGAGGCUUACCACGUGUACGUGGACGGCGUGCUCAAGGCCACCGUCAGAUCCGGGCACCGUACCAGGGCGCUCCUCGAAGGAGUCGACGCGGCACAGCCGCACCGGAUCAGCGUGAGGUCAGUACUGACCUCUGGCCAGCAUUCAAGGGAUGCCGCAUGCACCAUUGUCAUCGGGAAAAACGUUCCACUGGCACCGAGCUGCGUGAAGGCUUCCAACAUCACCUCGACGACGGCCACCAUCAGCUGGCUGCCGAGCAACUCCAACUUCAGCCACGUGGUGGCCGUCAACAGCGUUGAGAUGAAGUCACUCAAGCCGGGCACCUUUCGCCACCUGGUGACGGGACUCGCGCCCAACACCUCGUACCGGGUGUCGGUGCGCGCCAAGCCCGGCCGGCUGCUCAUGUCGUCGGCCGCGGCCGCCCUCACGGGCGCCUCCGCCUCGGCCGACGAGCACGCCAAGGGCGCCGAGCCACGCAAGCUCGCCAGCCUGCUCACCUCGUUCGUCGACUUCCGGACGCUGCCCAAAGGUAUUCCGGACCCGCCGGUGGACGUCCAGGUGGAGGCGGGUCCACAGGAAGGCACCGUGCUAGUCACCUGGCUACCAGUCACCAUCAACGCGUUGGGCACCUCCAACGGGGCCGCCGUCACCGGAUACGCCGUCUACGCGGCCGGCAAGAAGGUCACCGAGAUCGAUUCACCCACCGGUGACCACGCCCUUCUGGACGUGGCGUCCCUGCUGCCGUUGCACACGCGUGCCAUCACGGUGCGCACGCGGGCGGGCGACUCGCUCUCCGUCGACUCGCUGCCCGUCGUCGUGCCCGACGAGUUCGUACACCCCACCCGGACGUCCAAGUCGGCGGAACGCGUCGAAGAGAACCACUCGGAGUUGUCCGACAUUGUGGAGGAACUUGAGGACGAGAUGAUGGAGAACGGCGAGCUGGGUCACCGCGGAGCUCGCGGUUCGCGAGGCGUUCAGGGACCCGGCGGAAGGAAGCAUCACCACCAUCACCAUCACCAUCACCACCAACAGCCCCAGCAGCAGCAACAGAACAUGCAGCAACAGCAGCAACCCGUCAUGCAUCACACUCAGCCACAACAUCACCAGAUGCACCAGAUGCACCAACCCGGCGGCCAUCCUCAGUACCAGCAGCCGGGUAACAUGCACCAACCGGCCCCCCAGCAGCCUCCCGUGGCGCAGCGGCGGCAGAUGGCCCAGCAGCCGAUGCACCAGGGGGUCGGCGGCGUCCACCACCACGGCGUCAGACGCAGCGAGAAGAGAAACUCGGCCGGCCAGCUCAUCAUCGAGCCGGAGGACGCCCUCAGCGACAAGGAGAUCUACCCUUACUACGGGCCUUCGGGCAUGCCCAUGGACAUGGCCAAGGACAGUGAGGGAGGAGGCCUCGGCGUGGUGGACAACUACUCAGAGGAGGAGUUCGCCAAGUACGACAUGGGACCGCGGGGCGGCGCGCCCCGUCCAGCGGCCAGGCACCAGGUCCCCGGCCGGUACCACGGCGGAGGAGGAGGAGGACCUCGGGGAGGAGUCGACCAGCAUGGCGGCGGCGGCAUGGCGUACCAGGAACGACCCAGGCCCACGUCGCCGACGCCGCCCUCGAGGGCUAUGCGUCCGCUGGUGGACGACGAGCCGCCUCCGGCCAGGGGCACUUACUGGUCGCCAGUCGGGAACAGGGCGUGGCAGCGGCGGCCAGCGCAACCUCGGGUGCGCUGGUUCGUUGCGCUGUUCGACUACGACCCGCAGACCAUGUCGCCCAAUCCGGACACUGCCGACGAGGAGUUGCCUUUCCAGGAAGGGGACCUCAUCAAGAUCUAUGGCGGCAAGGACCAGGAUGGUUUCUACAAAGGAGAGUGUAACGGCCGCAUUGGUUUCGUACCAUGCAACAUGGUGUCCGAGGUCCACAUGGACAACGAGACGAAUGAACCACCGAGGUCGCGGCCUGCUCAACACAGAGGAAAUGACUCUUGGGGAGGCGUAAUGCGACCACAGCCCAAGAGGAUGGUAGCUCUGUACGAUUACGACCCGGCUGAGCUCAGCCCCAACCCGGAUCCUUUCUCGGAGUUGGCGUUCAGCACAGGCGACGUCAUCUACGUGUACGGCGACAUGGACGAAGACGGCUUCUUCUUCGGCGAGCUGCGCGGCCAGCAGGGUCUGGUCCCUUCCAACUUCCUAACCGAGGCGCCGCCCGACUACGCGACCAACGACGGCAGCGGCCAGCGGGGACCCUCUAGGCACGGUUCCUUGCAACAGCAGCAUAAAGCUUCUCUUACUAACAGAACGAGCGAAAGCCCAACCUCGGUCAUGACCUUCGGGGCGAGCCCUCCAUGGGAGGCGGCGGACCCCGAGGCGGAGGCGGCGGCGUCCACCCGUCUCAAGGAGUCCACGGAGGUGGCGGAGGCGGCUCCCAGAGGUCGCACUCGUCGGCCCCUUCGCACCAGGCUCCUGGAUCGGCGGGCCGCCACGGGCCGCCACCGGAGGACCACUGGUCGUCGCAGCAGCAGCAACACCACCACCACCAGCAGCAACAGCAGCACCAGCAGCAGCACCAGCAACAACACGCCUACCAGCAGUCGCACCAGCAGCGGGGGCCCCCGCCAGGCUCGGGCGGGGGCUCGCUCGAGCCGUCCCACUACGAGCACCGGUCACCGCACGAGCAGCGCGCCGCCUCGUACGCGUCGCGGCCGGUCGUGGGCACAGCGCAGCGAUGGUGAGACGCUCCUCCUGCCCGCCCGGAGACGCGCCUGCUUGCAGACCCGGCAGCUGAAGCGGCGCCGAGCGGUGACGCCACCCAGGAGGUCUUCGACCCCGGUGGUGGCCAACGGCAAGCAGUCGCCGGUGCCGGCGACGCCAGUUGCCGAGUCGCCGGUGCCACCGCCGGCCCUGCCACAGCCGAGGCCCAAGAAGAAAGGCCGGUUCCGAUUCCUGCACGCGCUCAAAAGACUCUUCGGCAUGAAGGGAAAGCGUGGCGCGGCGCCUCCACCCGUGCCGUGAGAAUGCAUACCCCCGACUUAGGGGUCCGAGGGGCCUGAUACCUGAAGGUCUGAGUAGAGCGUCGCUCGCUUCGAGAGGCUGCUGGUUGUGUUGUGUUCUCCUGCACCGCCGGGUGUACGGCGACAACGCUGAGAGCUCAAGCCGUGGUUUCUAUCUGCACGGCUCCGCUUCUUGACGGAGUGUGGGGCCGAGAUACCUGGAUGUCGAUUGUUCGUCCUGCUUUGCUAUGCCUUCGAGGAGGGUAAGGCUCUGGAAGUUCUGUCUAGUGAUCGACGGGUCGUCAAGAAGGGUCAUGUUACGAGACAUUGGAGUCUAAAGAAAUGUGUGAAACCGGAUUGGAUCACGUGCUGAAAAAAAGGUGUAUUUGGAUUUACAGGAGGAGACCUGCUGAAUGACAUCUACAGAAGUGAGGAAGAAGUGUAACCGCGGGGAUAUCAUCAUUCGCGAUGUUGACCCACAUGCUACAAGGCAAGCGGUUGAUUUGUUUAAGAGAAGCGAGCGACCACACUAAACUGGAUACACCAGGACACUGUGGUCAUUCGCGGAAGCUUGGUAAAAACGCACCGUUCCGGGAACAUUUCUUCCAGUAACAACUGAACAAGACUAGAAACUGAUCCCUCUCGUAAGCUGACCGGUUCCCAUUCGUUCGAGUUCUGGAAAGGUUGUCGAACCCGUGUACCUCUAGAACUGGGCCGCGAGCCACCGGCAUCUAUCAAAGACAUCCACCAAACCCUCCCUCGAUCAGACCAGGAACCAAGGUUUUCUGCGGUCAAGAUUUGUUGUCGUUCCAUGUGUUCUCUAGAAGCAGGACGAACAAUGCGAUCCCGCCUUUGCUUCGUUCUGGAAGCGGUUUCUUGCUUUCUGCUCUGAUAGUAAAAAAAGGCCCCCUUCGGUGGUCUGCUGGUGCCGAUCAACAUCUGCCGUUACCUCACUAGCCUUCAUUUUCACCCUCGUUUGGAGCGUUAUGCUUAUGAGCGAACAACCUCUUCGUCACCACGCCGUCUGAGAAAACAAAAGGCCACAUGCUCCAUUCGGUGGUCGUCGCUGUUGAAAUGUUUCGAAGAAAGAGACACUCGCCAUCUUCGUGCGAAAGACACGGCCGCAAGAGAAACACGCCUUUCGUCGCAACACUGCUCAGCGAGCCAUGGGCGUUGUGACGCGAAUGCAUCGCGGACGAGAGACUUUCGAAAACCACCACCAAACCCAAAAGUAGACCCACCACCCACAACCAACCAACCAUUUUCGUCACUUGCUGCGAGUACGCUGCGUCUAUCAGCUGGGGCGUUAAGAAAAACCGGACAACUUCCGCAAUGGUGUCUGUUCGUGCGCGUUGUUUGUGCGUCUCCGGCAGAUAACGGCAGACGCCAAAAAAAAAGGAAGCCGCCUGCCUGCCUGCUAACCUGUAUUAGCCCGUGUGAAUUUGUUCUUCGCAAACAAACUUUUUCAAAGGACUUUUACGUGCAUUAUUUUACCUUCUUCGUUGUUCUCGGCGGAUCCCUUCCUCCCCGUGUUCCCAUAUGAAAGCGUCGUUUCGAAGGAAGCAUAUGAUCAUAUUUCAAUGUACAAAGGAACUGUCUUAACUGAAUUUUCAUGUCACAGGUCCGCGCGUCAUUGAGCUAUACUAUAUAUAACAGCAGCUGUGCGGUUUAUGUGCUGUGGUCACCGUAUAGUAGCAGUAAAUGCCUACGCCGCACGCAAACACACACACAUACACACGAAUACACAUGUCUUGUUGUUCGCACUGGGGCCGUUUUGUUGACACCAAGGUUUUGUCUUGUUCACACUCGCUUAUCUCUUUUUAUCCUUGUUUAGUGACACUGCGAGACGUUGUCUAAUUGAAGCACUGAGCAUCGCCUUCAUCAGCAUUAUAGUCGGAUACAACUUUAGAAUUCCGCGGCAUUUUCUCCUCAAAGGCAGUUGCACACAAGCCUGAACCAAUGGGCGCGCAUUCCAACAUGACGUCACGAGACGGGCGGCCAGUGACCCCGCCUUCGGAGAGCAUGAGCGAGACUAUUUCUUUAGUCGCGGAGGCGAUCGGCUGCCGCGCUUUGGUCGACUGGGCGGGUCCUCCCCGGACUUCUUAAGUUGUAUCCGACUAUAAGUGAAUCCGUACUGCUUAUGUACAUCGGUGUCUGUGCGUCACUAGCCAUUCUUUUUUUAGUCACAGCGUGAGACUAGGUGGAAAAGGUUAUGCGUGCGUUCGGAUUGGACGUCCGUGAGUAGCACAGCUCUAUAGUUUCGGUCUCGAGAACCUGAAAGCGCGCGUGCGUAACACGCAAAGAGAAAGACUGUUUUUACCGGCCAGCCGUUUAGCGAAGAAGACGUGGCGUCUUUUUUCUUAGGAGUUAAAAAAAAAGAAAGAAGGGUCGCGAGACGCAAUGAGAUGAUGAGAGCGGCGCCACUUUUGCACAUAUCCGCGGACAAGUCGCCCGCCCCGAGUGCGCGUGCGCGCACGCCGAUCGGUCGACCACAUCGCGCCCCCCAUUUCCACGUGCCAACAGCGGACGAUUCCGCCAUCUCAGGAAUAUCGAUCCGUAUUCACCCCCAGCCGCUUUGCUAUCGUAAAAUCACUUCUAACUAUGCGGACCUUCCCGACCUUUCGAUUUUUUUCUGGCUUCUCCCAAGACGAAUGGGGUAUGAUUGCGUUUUCUUGUUUGUCCGUGCGUGCCUGUGUGUCGGUAUACCCUUGGCCCCUUCCCGUUCGGGCCUUGUCUUAAGUAUCCCGGUGUUACGUACAGCUUCUACUUUCUGUUUAGGUUUAAUGUUAGCUUCAGAAAAUGGCAACCGUUUGCGAGACUUUCACCUGUACGUGAGUUGUUCACCGUCAGGGCUGGGUGCGUUUGACGAGACACAACACAUUUAAACCGGGGGUAAAAAAGUACUGAACUCUCACAACGUGACGACGCGAAUCUCGGUAACCGUGUUCGUGAAGAUCGACCAAGCUUGAUAUGAGCUUUCGGUGCAGAAUAGCGCAGUUCCAAAUUUUCUGUCCUUAAUUCGACUGCAUUUCAACCUAUACCCGGAAUUCCGUCAGGGUAGUUCGAAAUCAACUGGUAAACGUAACACCCUUCUCGUGAAAAAAAAGUUCGUAAUCUAAAGAACUUUUCCUAAUGCUAAUAACAACGCGAAUGCGAAUCGUGUUCGAAGUAAUGUUAAAGAAAGCUCACAUUAACUGAUUACUAAGUGAUUUCGGGGAUUAAGUGCCUCUUGAGUACUCUAAACAUGGACAGCGCAACCUUAAAAUUGAUGGCUUCGACAAGUUUCUCAGUACCAGCAGUGGACCAGGUUCGCUUAGUUCUUGACCAAGCUGAAGUGUUGUUAAGCGCAAUCUAUAAUAUAUUGAUAUUUCAAUAUGUUGAUAGUGUAGCCACACUCUGCCAAUGACGCGUAGGUCGACGUGCCAUCUCACACGCUAGCUGUCAUUGACCUUUAUCGGUUAGCUCAGGAACAGAUUAUUUACAAAGCAAAGACAGUGUUUAGCUUUACGGGCAAACGCGUGUCCCCUCUGAGGAUUCUUCUGUCUAGAAAGUGCCAGCGUGUGCGCUCUUGUGCAGUCCCGCGGACGGUCGGUCCGCGUACUGAUAGAUUGUGGAAAACGCUAAGCGGCCUCAGAAUGUACAGUAUUGUCCACAGUUAAAGGGAACGCUAGAAGGCUCGAAUGAGCACCCUUCAUACUGCUGGCCCCAUAAUUGCAAGUGAGUGUGAAAACAUUGUUCGUGAACGGCACUAUAGUCGGAUUCAACUUUAGAUUUGCUCCUCAAAGGCCGGUGCACACAAGCCUGUACCAAUAGGCGCACACCCCUGACUGACGUCACGAGCCGGACGACCGGUGACUCCGCCUUCCAAGAAGGUAGCCGAGUUCAUGAGCGGGACUAUUCCUUUGGUCGCGGAGGCGAUUGGCUGCCGCGCUUCGGUCAUCUGGGCGGGGCCUUCCCGAACUUACUUUUAAGUUGUAUCCGACUAUACUCUGUCACAAAGGAGUCAGAACUGUCUACCACCGGCAGUCUUAUGAAAAUUUGAGACACGUUUCCAAGAAAGCUGAAUCCGGACAUUCCCUGUGCGCAAGUGUUCCCUUUAGCAUUGUACCCGUCUGUACUUGUCAUCUCGGAAGAAAAGCUUGCCUGCUCGAGCUUUAGCCGAUUUUCUUAGGAAGUCCGAGCUAACGGUUAUAAAUAGUUUCGCGGCAUAAAAAAGAAUGUCGACCAUGCUCGCUUCGGGGUUUCGCGAACUAGAAAAAAGAGAGAUAAAUCCUGAAGCCGAAGCCUCGUAGAGUCGAUAAAAAAUGAGCUACCCGCCUUGCUGAAGCUUUGGUGCUAGGUGUUUUCCACCUAACUGAGCAUAGAAGUUAGGUGCACUGUGUAGAAACCCUGCGACAAAGCAGCGUUGAUUUCAGAGGGGACGGGGCGGCGGGUAUCUUGACCUUGUUUUCUUAGAUCAAUUGUACUUUUAUCAAGAGUUUGCAGCUGCUAGCGCCAUUUGCUUAUGCUGGCCGCGUCUGUACAUAAGGUCCUCAAGAAUAUCCCAACAAAUGAACAUUUUCACACACUAUUACUACCUUUUUUUUUUUCCUUCGUUACCUUUCCUUUACCUGCGCUCAAUUACGAGCGCACGCUGGCAGACUUUAACGACGCUCAAACCGAUUUAGCGGUCUUCCUUUUUCCACGUAUGUCAACAUCACUUACACACACCAUAUAAAAAGCUUUAAGUAUUGAUAGGAUGUGAGGCGUAAGCCAUGGGACAUGCCUAGCCACCUUGUAAGAAAUGUAAGAAACGGCUUAGUUAGCCUUCCAAAGCUUGUGGGAGACUGAAGCCACGACAAUUUUAUUACUUUUUUUCCGUAGCACGAGCAUACAGAUGAACAAGAGCCUGGCAAUCCAUGGCGCUACGAAAUUGAAUGCCUUGAUAUCCCUUUUUGCUAGCGUUGUUUCUUGUAAUGUUUUUCCUUUGCUUGCAGAAUGUUCAUCUAUAACAAAUAACCUAAUUUAGACAUCCCGAUGAUUCUUCUACUACCGCAGAAUUAGGGACCGUUUUCUUCACGAUUGCAUAGCCUUCAUAACUCAAUUCAGCCGUUAAUUGAGGAGACGCAAGUUGAUCGCGCCUCUCCUGGAAUUUAUUUCUUGCAAUGUCUUUGUAUAAUGAUUGACUGGUGUGCGCGUUUAGCGAAGUCCUCGCGAAGUGUUGACUGAGCAUGCGGAGCGUUCCUGCGGCAUUGCGAGCUGCGUUCUGUGAGAUAUCGCUGUGUACAGUUAAGAGACUGUGGUGUGAUGUAAUGCUGCCUACGUGUGCUUGCCCUUCGCGUCGGGUUAAACAUUGUUAUAUGAUGAUAGGUUGAACCUUAUGGAAAAGCUAUUUCUUGUUGGUGUCUCGAGUUGCCACGGCGGGUGUGCGGAGCCGGACAGGAGUAGUUGAAAUGGUUAGAAAACGUCUCGCAAAAUUUAUAUUUGCGACCAUGCUUGAGAAUGAAGGCGCCGAUACGUGGUGGUCGCCGCUUAAGGUGGCUCGUGACAUUAACAAAAUGAAAAGAAAAAAAGAAACUAUUGGCUGACCUUUUUUUGCUGCCAUAACCACCACCACCACACCUCGACGCUUUCUAUUAAUUUUUAUUUUUGUUUUUUUUUUCUUCUUUACCAGACAUCUCCUCGUAAACGUUCACCCC